GCUAUCCCUCGCUUUCGCCGCAAACGAGCUCAAUCGCUUGCAGUCAUCCCCAUCAUGGCCAACGAACAACCCCACUACGAUCAGGUCUUGGUCGAUAUCACUGAUUAUGUUCAUGACUUCAAGGUCGAGACUAGUAGUUGCUGGUCAGCAGCCCGUAUGGCUCUGAUGGACGCUGUUGGUUGUGCCAUCGAGAGCCUGCAUAAGAACGCGGCCUGCAAGAACAUCAUCAACGCCGUCCUACUCGACAGUUCGGACAUCAAUGGAAUGCGUUUGCCCGGAACAGAUCUCAGGCUGAACCCCAUGAACGGCGCUUUUGCACUGGGCACUCUGAUCAGAUUCUCGGACCACAACGACUCUCUGGGAGGCGCAGAAUCCGGACAUCCCUCAGAUAGUCUUGGAGCUAUAUUGGCAGUCGCAGACUGGAUAGACAGAAACGAGCGUCUUGUGACAAUCCAAGAUCUCCUGGAAGCCAUGGUCAAAGCUUACGAAAUUCAAGGAUGCUUCCAAACAGAAAACGCCUUCCAUGCCCACGGUAUGGACCAUGUCAUCUUGGUGAAGGUCGCAUCGACAGCUACUGCCUGCUGGCUACUCCGCUUGACCAAGAAGCAGACCAUGGACGCUCUUUCUCAUGCCUGGAUGGACAGUGCCCCCUUACGCACAUACCGCUCUUCUCCCAACACCAUCUCACGGAAGGGAUGGGCGGCAGGCGAUGCUUGUAUGCGGGCGGUCAUGUUUGCAAUGUUGUGUCGCUCAGGGGUUGAAGGCGCACCAUCGGCUCUGACUGCUCCUCGUUGGGGAUUCUACGAUAGUGUUUGGCAAAGCGCAUCAUUCUCGUUACCCAGGCCUUAUGCAUCAUGGGUGAUCCAAAACGUGUUUUUCAAAACAAUGCCGGCUGAAGGUCAUGGCAUUUCUGCUGUAGAGGCAGCGAUCCAGCUGAGCCAUGAAUUCCGCUGUCAUGAUGGAGAUCGAUGGAAGGACAUCGACAAAAUUCGAAUUCGCUCGACUGCUGCGACUCUUCGAAUCAUCAGCAAAGCAGGCCCUCUUCACAGUCCGGCUGACAGAGACCAUUGUAUCCAAUUUCUCGUUGCCGUCGCUCUUCUCAAAGGCAGUGCUCCAGAGAUCUCUGACUACGCAGAUGACGGACCCUGGGCCAACGAUCCGAAGGUGGAUGACCUAAGGAACCGUAUGGUAGUCGUCGAAGAAGAGUCCUUUACUCGAGAUUAUCUUGACUUGGAUCGACGUACAGCUACCAACGCUGUCCAGAUCUACUUCAAUGACGGUACCGCUACAGAGGACAUCAUUGUAGAGCACCCGGUCGGGCACAGCAAGAACCCACAAACUCGACCUGCGGUGCAGCGCAAGUUCAAAGACAACCUUGAACACACGUAUUCGAAGGACGAGGUCUUAUCCAUAAUCUCCAUGAUAGAGAACGAACACCUGCCAGUGCACGUUUUGACCGAUCUAUUGGCGCGAAGAUCCAGUAGUGGGGUGCUGAGCAGACUCUGAGGGUUACGCGAAGCCACACAAGUAGCAACAAAGCUCACAUAGCCCAGUAUAUAAACAUUUGUACUCGAAGAUUGAAUCACAGUC